AUGGUACGUCAACAACGUCUUUUCUCAGCUGCACCUCUAACGCAGCUGUCGGAAGAUGAGCAAAUGCUUAAGGAUGCCGUUGCCCGUUAUAGCAAAGAUAAAAUCGCCCCGAGAACCAGAGAAUUUGAACGUAACGAAAUGGUUCCAAUGGAUCUCAUCCAAGAAUUAUUCGACCAAGGGUGGAUGAGUGUACGAUCACCUCUAGAGUAUGGCGGUCCUGGAGGCAGUCUUUUUAAUGCCACCCUAAUUAUUGAGGAAUUAGGAAAACAUGAUCCUGGUAUCAGUGGUAUGCUUGACGUCCAAAAUACUUUAGUCCUUGGCAUUGCCUUGGAUUAUUUUAAUGAAGAGCAAAAGAAGAAAUAUCUAACCAAAUUAUCGACGUCAACGGUGGGCUGUUUUUGUCUUUCUGAACAAGGUUCCGGUAGCGAUGCAUUUGCUAUGCAAACGCGUGCUGUACGUGAUGGAAAUGAUUAUGUCAUUAAUGGCACCAAAUUAUGGAUCACUAAUGCGGACAUUGCUGGUUUAAUGUUUGUUAUGGCCAAUGCCGCACCUGAUCAAGGCUAUAAAGGAAUUACUUGCUUUAUUGUUGACGCUAGUACGCCUGGAGUAACCGUAUCACAAAGAGAAAAGAAACUUGGCCAACAUGCAGCUGCGAACUGUCCUGUAAUCUUUGAAGACGUUAGGGUUCCGGCUAGUAAUGUCAUUGGGGGAAUUGGUCUUGGCUACAAGAUUGCUGCUAGUAUGCUGAAUGAAGGGAGAAUCGGAAUAGGCGCUCAGAUGUUAGGGGCUUCUCAAGGCGUUAUGGAUUACGUUGUACCAUAUACUAUGGAAAGAAAACAAUUCGGGAAGCGAUUGUUUGAUUUUCAGGCAAUGCAACACCAAAUAGCUGAAGCAUGUACAAAGAUAGAAGCGGCUCGUUUACUCGUAUAUAAUGCAGCAAGACUUAAGGAUAGCAACAAACCUUAUGCUAAAGAAGCAGCAAUAGCUAAAUAUUAUUCUACCGAGCUGGCUGUACAGGUUGGUCUGAGCGGUAUCAAAUGGCUUGGAGCACUAGGCUACAUGAAGGAUGCUCCUGUAGAAAAGUUACUGAGGGACUCUAUCCCAGGAGUUAUCUAUGAGGGUACAAGCAAUAUAAUGCUGAACACUAUCGCGAAAUUUGUUCAAGAUGAAUAUAAGUAA